AUGGAGGCGCGCCGACGGCGCAUCGGGAGCCCCAACAAAAGGCCUGAGCCGAGCGACGGAGAUCAUGGCCAAGGCCCAAGCCGCACAUAUUCCCGCAGCCCCCACCAUCGACCUGAAAGACGUGCGGCAGCCUUCCCGAGCGGGGCGCGGGAUCGGGUUGUAUUCCUCCUGAGGCCCCGCUACGGAGUCAACCUAGGUGUUCAAAGCCGCGGCCGAGGCGACGAUCAAGAUCAUUCUCCGUUCAACGGCAGACAAAAUAGCAGACACUCUGUUCCGCACUUCGGGGAAUACCGUAGUGAGGAGGGUAGAGAUUACCGUCGACACCACAGCUCAUACGAUAAUCAAGUCGUUGGGUCCCGGGAGGGCCGCGGGAAUGUUGCUUGGGAUCCUCUUGGGCCUGUCGAAAGGCCUAUAAGGUUGAGGCGGGGGAACACCACACCCGAUUCAUGGCGGCCCAGCAGGUCUUCGAGCCCUGGUAUAUCCGCGGACGAGCCCCGCAGCCCGGGCGCCGCUGAUAAGGGAGCCGAGGAAGGCCAACAACAUGCCUUCGGGAAGGCGAAAAAGCGGACUUCGAAAUCCGGGCACGACCGAGUCGAAAAAUUGAUGGGAGACGAGGCGCCCGAAGCUGGGAGCUCUGGCGGAGCUCUGCCUCUGGCGGACAAAAGCUCGCUAGGCCAAGGCGGGGAAGGGGCAAAGUUAAGGUCAGCAGGGGUGAAGGCAGAAGACGGCGACAAAGGAGUUGGGUUGCUGGAAGAGAAUGAGGGCGCGACGUCUGAAGGGCAUAGAAACAAACUAAAAGGUGGUGAAAAGUCGCUUCCCACGGCGAAGCUUCCGGUAGGUCCAGAGAAGGCCUCGGUGGAGGCCGUUGAGGAGGCUGAGGAGGUGGGGUAG